CUUCACUUUUCUCCUCGUCUUCUGGUAAGCGAAGAGUCGGGCGGAGGCAGAUGUCCCAGCACAAGCAUGCGCUGUAAAAGCCGGGCCUCCGCACCAAAUGAACAUGCCGCCGGAGAUAAGAACCCCUGCAAAACCACCGUCACAGAGGCGCGGCGGGAGCAGAAUCGGCGGGCACAAAGAGCCUUCCGAGAACGGCAAAGGGCAAAGAACCGAAUACCGCCGAGCACUACGUCCAGGCAGCUUGCGCCGCGUCCCGCUGAAGUAGGACUCGAUGUCAAUGAGAGGUCUUCCGAGGCCGAGCCCGAAAUCUUGGACAGGAUCCAAGACGCCACCAACCAGGAGAACUCUAGAGCAAAUACCUCAGAUCAGGUGUCUAUAGAUGGACUGCAGGGCCAAGAUAACUCAACCUACUGUACUACCAAAGAGGUGCCAUUCACAUUCCCCUCUCCGCAGACUUUACUCCCUGCCCACGAAUCGCUCGUGCCAAAACGUCGCACACCCUCUUCACAGCUGUCGAACUUUCUGAGAGAUUACCCCAGGCCUGCACUCUGGCCACAUGGGGUCACCACCACCCUAGCCGCCUGCCUGUUCAACGCCCGCGCGCUGGGCAUCGACAUCGACCAAGUCAUGGACCCGCAGUACAUGUCGCCGUUCUACAGGCCCUCGUUGUCUCUGGUGCUUCCACCACCAGGUUCGGCAUCGGCAGUACAAUCGACGAACCUGGAGGCGGACGUUGCUUCGGAUCCACAGUUGACUGGUCACGGUCCUCUGCGACCAUGCUUGGCCCAAGUCAUCUUUCCUCACCACGCCUGCAUAGAUUUACUACCGCUGCCGAGGCUGAGAGAGACGGCCGUGAUGCUGAAUGUCCGUGCUCAGCAAGCAGGAGGUGCUGGUGGCUCUAUGUCACGGUCGGACUUUGAUGGUGUCCAGGAGCUGAAGAAGGAUGUCUACGUCAGGCAGGGGGUCAGGUUCCGGGGGACGGGCGAGCUGGCAGGAGACGAGUAUAUCAUGAAGGACGAAAGACGUGUACGACACUGUGGCCAUCCGUGGGAAAGUGGCAGUUGGGCUAUAGCACCGUGGUUUGCGAGGAAAUGGAAACACCUGGUGGACAUUUCAGGAUAGACCGCACAGCGGAUAAUGUCAAACACUGUGACCUUGAAAUAAGACGUUACAGCGUGGCGGAGUUUUAAGGACCCCAAAAGCUCGCCUACCGACCUUCCUCAAGUGAGGACGCCCAGAAGGACUAUAAGAUGGA